UUGUGUUAUGUAUAAAUGUAUAAAAAGUAUUACUUAGUCAAAGAAAUUCAAAAUAAAGUAUAACCAAGUGUUUAUUGAAUCUUUUUCUUUAAUCUUCAUUUAUAAAAGGCUUCAAAAUUGCAUCCAAAAUGCAAAAUGUUAACGCUCCGCGGGAGCCUGCUCCCGUGUUGAGCACAAGUUCAACUAUUCUCAAUAUGAGAGAAAAAGAGAAAUAUAUUGAAGAAUUUGACUUUCCAUUCUGUGACGAGUCUUCUAAAUAUGAAAAAGUUGCCAAGAUCGGCCAAGGAACCUUUGGAGAAGUGUUUAAAGCACGAGCUAGAAACAGCAGUAAAAAAUUUGUUGCUAUGAAAAAGGUUUUAAUGGAUAACGAAAAAGAAGGUUUUCCCAUUACAGCACUGCGAGAAAUUAAGAUAUUACAGCUUCUGAAACACGAAAAUGUCGUAAACCUUAUUGAAAUAUGCAGAACUAAGGCUACAUUACACAAUAAAUAUAGGUCAACAUUCUACUUGGUUUUCGACUUCUGUGAACAUGAUUUGGCAGGUUUAUUGUCUAAUGUAAACGUAAAAUUUAGUUUAGGUGAGAUCAAGAAAGUUAUGCAGCAAUUAUUGAAUGGGUUAUAUUACAUUCAUAGCAAUAAAAUAUUGCAUCGAGAUAUGAAAGCUGCAAAUGUACUUAUUACUAAGAAUGGAAUAUUGAAACUUGCUGAUUUUGGUUUGGCAAGAGCAUUUAGUGUUGCUAAGUCAGGACAAGCCAAUAAAUACACCAACAGAGUGGUCACAUUAUGGUAUCGCCCCCCAGAAUUGUUAUUAGGUGAUCGUAAUUAUGGACCGCCAGUAGAUAUGUGGGGAGCAGGCUGCAUUAUGGCCGAGAUGUGGACCAGGUCUCCAAUUAUGCAGGGUCCCACAGAGCAGCAACAAUUAAUACUAAUAUCCCAGCUCUGUGGGUCAUGUACUCCAGAUGUAUGGCCAGGAGUGGAAAGUUUAGACUUAUACAAUAAGAUGGAGUUGCCAAAGGGACAAAAGAGGAAGGUUAAGGAAAGACUAAAGCCAUAUGUCAAAGACCCGUAUGGUUGUGAUUUACUUGACAAGCUGCUGCAACUAGACCCCGCAAAGAGAUAUGACGCAGAUACAGCACUCAACCAUGACUUCUUUUGGACUGACCCGAUGCCAUGUGACUUGGCUAACAUGUUGGCCCAACAUACGCAGAGUAUGUUUGAGUAUCUGGCGCCACCACGUCGUCCGGGACAUCUCCGACAUCAUCAUCAUGUGCCUGGAGCUCAGGCCAAGCCCAACCCACCACCUCAAGACUCGGGAUACCAGGAUAGAGUGUUUUAGUGAUGUUGACUUUGGACAAGUGUGAAGUGCAAUUGUGUAUUGGGGCAUGGUUCCCAUAUUUUAUGGAAUGUUCAUUUCUAUGAUAUAAAUGCUAAGACAUUGUACAGUGAUAUAAGAUAACUAUUCAAUAUGAAUUAUGACACAGGUGGGUUUGUAGAUCUUCAUGAUUGUGCGUUAUUUGUGUAAUUUUUUUUAUUUAAAAUACAAUUUUUUUUCAAAAGAAUUUAAGUUUAGCCUUGAUACUGGGCUUUCAAUAAUAAAUUCUAUGUUGUAACCUAAGCUAUUUGGGAAAACUUGAUUAAUUACUGAGAUUAUCAUUUUAAUAUGGACUCAUAAAAAUAUCUCUUUUCUAUCUAACCACAUACAAAAUGAUAAAUUUAUAAAAUUUGCAUGUGGUUUUUACUAAUGAAUCUUUAUACGUAAUAAUUGAACAAGUUUUAAUUAUUUUUGUAUAAGAUAUUUUGUGAUAUAUUGGUUGAAGUAGAAGUAGGAGAAUACAGGUAAGGCGAAGGUAGCAAGCAGUUUAUAACCCCUUGCUGAACUGAAACCUGAAAUACUUUAGGGAAAAUCCAUGCAGGUACUUCUUAUGUCUGAAUAGUUUUUAUAGGAAACUUAUCAUGUAAAUGUUUAUAGCAAUUUUCCCUAAGUUUUUGACCGACUUUCCUGCUUCCAAAUUAAUUUGCAACCCAUCCUAUAAAAUUUGGCCAACAAUAAGAGUAAGUAAUGAAAAGACAGGAGAACUGACUAAAACAUACAGGGUUCCGUCCUCCCUUGGACACUAGAAAGAAUGUGUAAAAUAGAAUUACAAAUAUAAGUCACAUCGCCAGAAUUUCAAUGUCAGAUUUACUGUUGUUUUACAUGGAUUACAAUUUUAGAUAGGUAGUAUGUAAAUAAAAUGUGAUAUAUUCUUGAAUAUAUUGUGUUCCUUAUUAUUGUUAAUGUAAUAAAAAAUAA